AUGGAAAUGGCUGAGGGCCCCCAGGCAGGGCCCUCUCCAGCAGUGGGUGCCAAGCUGAAGCAUUUCCUGGCCUUGCUGGAGGAGAACAGGGCUUCUCCAGCCCCCCCAGCAGAGCUGAUACAUCUGGCUGGAAGACUGUGCCAGGAGCUCCAGGACACCCCGCCCCUGACGCUGGAGCCCCUGGCCGAAGCAGUGUUGGGGAGCCCCCACUGGCAGUAUUUCCUGUCCAGCUUGGAUGUGGUCAGAGUGUGUGUGCUCAUCCUGGCCUUUCGGGGCCAGCACCAGGCGGCCUGUAGGCUGCUGGAGCACUGCAGCGGGGCUGGUGAGAGGGAGCAGCUGAUCCAGCUUUGGAAUGAGAUUCACUACCGCAAGGUCAUGGAGAAAUACCAUGUGAACUCCCUGACCCCCGUGCAGAAGUUUCGCUGCAGGAAAAGGAAUCCUCCUCCUUUUUCCCUCUGCCCCGAGGGUGUUAAGAGCCGCAACUUCUCCAAAGAUGUGCGCCAGAAGCUCCUGGGAUUUGCUGCAAGGGUGACCACAAACCCUAACAGGGAGCAGCGGGGGAGACUGGCCUUGGAGACCGGCCUGCAGGUCCACCAGAUUUAUAACUGGUUUGCUAAUUACCGCCGGCGUCAGAAAUCAUCCCUCCAGAGGCAAGAAGGCUUCCAGGACUUUCCCCAAGGUGGGGAAUCUGCACCAGAAGCCCAGCGUUGGCUGGACCCCGGACCCUGCAGCCUCCAGCCCCAAGCUGGAUUCCAGGGGGAGGUUCACCUGGGGCCCCCCCAGGCUCCCUUGGGCCCUUGUGAGCUGACAUGGGAACCGCCCAUCCUGGGCCUGAGGUGCCAUCAGGAGGAGGGACUGACCAAGCUGCUGGAUGCCAGGUUUGUGAGAAGCAAUGAGAUGCCAGUGGAGAAGCUGGGCACGGACCCCCGGACCCUCCUGCUGGCUGCGGGCCCCGGCUUCCCUAUGGAAGGCCCCAGCACUGCCCUCUGCCCCGCUGCCCCCGCCGCCAGGCCGGGGCCCAUCCUCCCUGCCCUGGCCCCCUGGCCCGAGAGCUUCCUUCUGGGCCCCUGUGAGUCACUGCCGGGGCAGGUGCAGGACACAGCCUAUGGCCGAGAGCUGGAGGUCCUGCAGCCGGUGCCAGCAGCAUCGCGGGAGGUGGCCGCUGUGGGUCCCCUCCCUGCCUUCUGGGACCCCAGACCCUCAGGUUACCAGGUACCGCGGGACAGAAGCCCCCCCGGGGCAGGCAUUGGGCCCUGCCCUGAAGUGACCAGCAGACCACCAGGCUUGGAGGGUGGCAGCUUCAUGCUCAGAGAACAGCAACUGGGAGCCCUGGAGUGUGUCCUCCCACAAAGCUCCCCAGAGAUGGCGCUGGAGAAGCCCUCGAGCCCCCAUCAAGUGACCAUCCUGGGUGAGCCCCAGGCUCUCGAGUACAGCCAGAACCACCUGGGCCCUGCCGGAAGCCCUGGAGCCGCCCUGAGGGGCCUGGAGGCACCCGAGGAGGCAGCGACAGCCGGGUCUCCUGUUCCUGGGGACUCCCUGAAUGAGCAGACCUCCAGCGACACUUUCUGGGCCGCUCUGCUGCUGUUUGAAUUCUCGGGGGGCAACCGGGCCUGAGGCGUUCUUGGUGCGGAUUCCUAGGCCAGGCCCCCGGAGCUUGGCGGCCUUCCUCCCACCCUCGCGGUGCCCACUCCCUGGGGCUCUGCGGGGUCCGUUUUCUGUUCUCAUUGUGAGUAUCGGGGGGCAGGGGCCUGCUCCCCCCAGCCAGAUUCUCGGCCUGUUUCCAGGGAGGGCAGUUUGGCAUUAGCGGUUUGUUAGCUUGUUGUUAGCGGUGAAGUUGUCCCCCUGCACCCCCCCGGAGGUGGGCCUGUUCUUCCUGUCCGCACAGAUGUGACCCCGGACGGAGCCGGCGUCCAGGCCCAUAGGUGUCCCCAGACCCCCGAGGCUCAGGCCUCUCGCCUCCCACAGGGGCUAAUUCUCCCCUAGGGCUCAGGAUCCUAUUUGUGUCGGCCUGCCCUCCCAAAGUCCCAGGGGCCGACGCCUCUUGAACCCCACAAUAAGCCAUCUCCAUCCUUCUCAGGGAA